AAGGCCAUCUUCGUUGCCCUCCUCCUGUCCUGCACACUCUUUCUUCUAGCACGCCAAGCCCUAGUAAGUCGAGGCAAACCUCAGACGUCCACUACAACACCGAGUCCAGCACGUCUACGGCCAGAAGAAGACUACAUCCUCUCUCCAUCAUGGGACUUCAACGCGCCGCCCACAACUCGCGAGUACACAUGGAUUAUAUCCGACCACAAGCUCAACCCUGAUGGCGUCUACCGCCCCAUGAUACUCAUCAACGGCACGUUCCCCGGCCCCAUGAUAGAAUGCAACCAAGGCGACGAACUCAUUGUGCAUGUCCACAACCACGCGAUAAACGCAACAUCGAUCCACUGGCAUGGCCUGUACCAAAACGGGACAAACUGGAUGGACGGCACAGUCGGCAUAACCCAAUGUCCCAUUGCCCCCGGCCACAGCUUCACAUACCGGUUCCGCGUCGCCGGCCAAACAGGAACAUACUGGUACCAUUCGCACAUGAGCAUGCAAGCGUCAGACGGGCUCGUGGGCCCCCUCAUCAUCCACGCUCGGGGCCCCGACCAAGAAAAGGGUGCGCUGCAGAAAGUGCCGUACGAGCAGGAUCGCGUAGUCAUGCUCUCCGACCACUACUACGACCUCUCUUCCAGCCUGCUCGUCCGCUAUCUCGCGCCCGGCAGCGAAAACGACGAGCCGGUCCCGCCUUCAGCCCUGAUAAACGGGCGUAACGUACGCAACUGCUCGGCCCUGCCGUCUCGCCACUGCGACUCGUCGCAGCUCAGCAACGCCCUGUUUAGCCUGUCCUGGGAAACCAACACAAGACUCCGCGUCAUCAACGUCGGCGCCUUCGCAGAGUUCGCCCUGCAAAUCGACGAGCACGAGGUCCUAGUCACUGAAGUCGAUGGCACAGAUGUCGCACCGCAGAGCAUCCAUCGCCUGAAUAUCAAUCCCGCGCAGCGCUACAGCAUUGUUGUUUCGCCGCCCAAGGACGCGGAAAACAAGGGCUUGUAUUGGAUCCGCGCGAGGAUGAUCACGCACUGCUUUGCGUACGAGGAGCCCGAGCUGCAAGAAGAAGUCCGCGGCGUGCUGUCGUACCAUUCUCCUCAAAACUCGCAAUUAGUACCAGACAGCAAAGACUGGCCUGACAUCAUCGACGUGGAAUGCCGUGACCUAAACACCUCGCAGCUCUCGCCCGUCGUCGCUAUGGCUGCCCCGGCAAUCAAUUUUCAGCACACGCUGCAUCUGCGGUCGUCGUUCCAAAUCCGCGACUGGCGCCUCGCACGGGGCUAUCUAAACGAGAGCUCGUUUCGCAUAAACGGCUCGCUGCCGCUUCUGCACACGCUGCUUUCCCAGCCGCCAUCACCAGCACUGGAGUCCCCUGGCUCGUCAUCUGCCGAGCUCCUCCAUACCGGUGCUGGCAACGGUAUCCUGGACACGCCGCUCAUUGCCCCCGGUCCCCAGCUGACAUACCAGACGGCAAGUACGGAUACAGUCAUCACGGUGCUGAUCCAGAACCUGGAUGACGGAACCCACCCGUUCCAUCUGCAUGGAUACAAGUUCUUUGUCUUGGACCAGGGACACGGAUACCCGCCUGCAUCGUUGCUGGAGCGAGAUUCGACGCAGAAGGAGCAUUUUAGCCUGGAGAAUCCGCUGCGCAGAGAUACGGCGAGCGUCGAGGCGUAUGGGUGGCUGCUGAUUAGUUUUGUGGCGGAUAACCCUGGUGUGUGGGCGUUUCAUUGCCAUAUUGGGUGGCAUACCGAGGCGGGGCUGAUGAUGGUUUUUGCGACGGGCGUCGAGGCCAUGAGGGGGUGGAAGGUACCGGAUGACGUAGAGGGGUUGUGUGGGAUAGAGGGC